AUGAGUUGUUGCAAACAGCCGGCUCUUAUCGAAGCACAGGUUGAAAUGGGGUCGGUUAAUGAUCUUGAGCAGAAAAGCCUAUUUAGACGAGACGAAGAUGCCACACAAACUAAAGAAGCUUCUUUGAUGGAGCAAGGAUCGCUUUCUACGAGCUCCCCUGGACACAUUGCUAAAUCACCAAAGAACAGCGUGCUUAAAAGCAUCAAGAUUGUCAUUUUGUCUAAUAAACUCAACCUAUUAUUACCUUUCGGUCCUCUGGCUAUAUUGCUCCACUACAUGAUAGAUAGUAAGGGGUGGGUGUUCUUGCUGAGCUUAGUUGGCAUUACUCCAUUGGCUGAACGUCUAGGAUAUGCCACAGAGCAACUGGCUUUUUACACGGGGCCGACUGUUGGAGGCCUCCUAAAUGCUACAUUCGGGAACGUGACAGAACUGAUCAUAUCGAUCUUCGCUUUGAAAAAUGGGAUGAUACGUGUUGUUCAGUUGACGUUACUAGGAUCGAUUCUGUCUAACAUGUUGCUUGUACUUGGCUGCGCCUUCUUCUGCGGUGGGCUAGUCUUUUACCAGAAAGACCAAGUCUUUGACAAAGGAAUUGCAGUUGUGAAUUCAGGAUUGCUUCUGAUGGCUGUCAUGGGGAUACUCUUCCCCGCUGUUCUUCACUACACGCAUAGUGAGGUUCAUGCCGGAUCAUCAGAGCUGGCCCUGUCAAGGUUCAGCAGUUGCAUAAUGCUUAUUGCCUAUGCCGCUUACCUCUUCUUCCAGUUGAAGAGCCAGUCUAAUUCUUAUAGCCCUCUUGAUGAGGAAACAAAUCAGAACGAAGAAACUUCUGUUGAUGAGGAAGAACCUGAGAUCUCCAAGUGGGAAUCUAUCAUAUGGCUCUCAAUCUUGACUGCUUGGGUCUCUCUUCUCUCUGGCUAUCUUGUUGAUGCCAUAGAGGGUGCCUCGGUCUCAUGGAACAUACCAAUAGCUUUUAUCAGUGUGAUCUUGCUUCCUAUUGUUGGGAAUGCAGCCGAGCAUGCGGGUGCUAUCAUGUUUGCCAUGAAAGACAAACUGGAUCUGUCCUUGGGAGUGGCUAUUGGCUCCUCCAUCCAGAUCUCCAUGUUUGCGGUCCCUUUCUGCGUUGUGAUUGGAUGGAUGAUGGGUGAACAAAUGGACCUUAACUUCCAGCUUUUUGAGACGGCGAUGUUGUUCAUCACUGUUAUAGUAGUAGCUUUUUUCCUCCAGGAAGGGACAUCGAAUUACUUCAAAGGAUUGAUGCUCAUUCUUUGUUAUUUGAUAGUAGCUGCCAGUUUCUUUGUACACGAAGAUCCUCCUCAAGAUGGUAUAUAA